UCAGCUCUCACUGUGUGACUCAUGCAGUCACGUGAAGCACGGAGUUUAUUAUUGCACCUUGCAUGGCUGGAUAACUUUGUAUGACUUCUGAGAAACACAGCUCUGAUGGCGGACACACGCUCUCAGACACCGGCCUCCGGCUCGGCAGCUAAACUGGACCUGGUGCAGGAUCAGGUGAACGAGGUCAAAAUCAUCCUCACGAACAACAUCAGCAAAGUGCUGGAGAGGGGCGAGCGACUAGACGACCUGAUCGGGAAGACCGACGACCUGCAGGCGUCUGCUGACUCGUUCCAAAAAACAUCCACGCGGGUCGCCAGGAAAUACUGGUGGAAAAACAUUAAAAUGAUGAUCAUAAUCGGCGUGGUUGUGCUGAUCAUCGUGAUCCUCAUCAUCCUCUUCGCCACGAAGGUCAUAUAAAAGAACAACCUCUCAGCUCAGGACUGAAUGAAGACGGUGGAUAAAGUUCACCUCUUUUAUUGAGCAUUGGGAAACACACUCACGAGAGUCUCCGGUCAUUUCAGCUCAAACAAACAAAUAUUUCAAGAGCAAAAAUAUUCAUGUAAAUUCAAAGGGUGCAUGAUGUAACAAGCUGCAAGCUUAUUGAUUAGGCUGCGAUGAAGAUUAUGAUGAGAAGAUAAAUUGUUAGAAACUUGACUAAAAUACUUCCUUGAACACUCCAUCGACAUGUGACAUAAUAUUAAUAUUUCACAAAGGAUCACAAAUCCAAAUGUUUUAUUUUUAUCUCAUUUCUGUCAAAUUAUGUCUUUGUGUGUGUGUGUGUAAACAUACACUGUAUGUUUGACUGUAAAACUAUGUAAUUAUGUGUAUUUUAUGACUGAUGACUACGGUAAAGAGGAUACAUUGUAACAAUG